AUGACCAGCCAGUCUCAGGGGAUUCAACAGCUCCUGCAGGCAGAGAAAAGGGCCAAGGACAAACUCGAGGAAGCCAAGAAGAAGAUAGGAACUGGAUCAGGAAAAGGGAGGCGACUGAAACAAGCUACAGAAGAAGCAGUAGGGGAGACUGACCGGUAUAGGAUGCAGAGGGAGAAGGCGUUCCGCCUGAAGCAGUCGAAGAUAAUGGGGCCUCAAAGCAAUCUUGCCGAUGAAAUAGAAGAACAAACGGUUGAGAAGUUAAAAGAACUGAGCAGAAGCUACAACACAUACAUGGAAAGUGUGAUGAAACAGCUUCUGAGCAUGGUGUGCGACCUGAAACCAGAAAUCCAUGUGAACUAUAGAGCUUCCAACUGA